AACCUGGCCUCGCCGAGUCCUGGGACGCGCUCCCGAUCACAACUUGUUUGCGCUUAGGCUAAGCAAACUCUGAGUGAGCGUUUCGACCGACGAGCUCAUCAUUAGAAAACACGGAUUUCCCGGCCCGUGGAAUUUCCUUCAGACCGAGAUAAGGGACUCGUUACCCUCAAGAAAGUCGAGACAGAUUGGAGUCGAACAGCUCGCAACAGGUCUGGAGCAUCAACUACCUGUUUCAGCGUUGUUGCGCAUCGCUAUAAAUAAGUUCCAAAGGCUUUCCAAACGCAAGAUCUGGAAGCCAUCCGGAGGAUAACCGAAGUAUCGUGAGAUAAUCAUGAACGGGACCGAUUACGUCGCAAAGCCCGCCUUAACCGCAAAGCAGGUGAAAUUCGUUCUCGAAGACCAGUUCGGUUUCGCACCGAAAUGCAUAAAGAACAUCAAAGAGCUGGCAAGCUACGACGACCAAAAUUUCUGCGUCAAGCUCAAACCGAACGGUCGCAAAAUCGUCUUGAAGAUCACUAACUGGAAGGACAGUGAGAACAAACAUCUGAUAAGAGAGAUCACGUUGAUGAUGUUGGAGCUGGCGAAGUCAAUCCCCUGCUCGGUGCCGAUCAAAACCACCGACGGAGAAGUAUUUGGACACUAUUCGUACGAAUCUGCCAUUGGUCGCAAGGACUGCAUUGUUCGAGUAUUCGAGUACCUGCCCGGCAAGACCCUCCAGAAAGGACAUCUGAAAGCCUCGCAGGCCUUUCAAUGGGGUUCGCUGCUUGCGAGGAUGCAUCGGGCCAUGCAGGACCUGGAGUUCCCCCUGAUCGAAGAGAGAAACUUUCUCUGGUCGUGGGAGGGAGUGCUCAAGGUUCGUCAAUUCAUCGGAGUUCACAGCGACGAGAAGAAGAGAGCGUUGAUCAACACUGCUCUGCAAAAAUACGAGACUAUAGCCCAUGCUCAACUGGCGAUGGAAGAACGAGUAAUCAUCCAUGGUGACUUGAACGAACAAAACGUUCUGGUGAACGAUAGCGGAGAAGUUUAUGCGGCCCUGGAUUUCGGAGACUGCCACGGCGGCCCGGCUGUUUGGGACCUCGCCGUUGUUCUGGCCUACAUCGGGUCUGUUGUCAAAGAUCUCGACCAGGACCUGCUCGGUCAUUGCGGUCAAGCGCUCCUCGGCUACUACCGCCAUUUCCCAGCGGCGAUGUACAUGGACGCAGAUGUGGAAACAAUUCGAAUCAUGAUAUGUGCUCGGCUCGCGCAAUCGCUGACAUUGGGACUAGUCACCUACGAACACAGCAAGGAUCCGUAUGUCCUGGGUUCUCAAAACGCUUGGGCAUGUCUGGAGAAAUUACUUUCGGAGCCACGGGAGAACAUCGUGAACACAUGGAAGAAGUAUCUCGAUCCAUUGGGAUUCGUCGUCACGUGAGGAUGCUGCAAGGAUCGACCGGAAUAUCAUCCUGACUGUGAAUCUGGAGUUUGGAAAGCUUCCUGUUAUCCUCCCGGGAUCAUAUUAUGAAUCCCCGUCCGUGCGCCGUUCGACGUUUCGAUUGAAUGUUCCCGUUCGUUGUCUGAGAAGAUUCCUAUUGGAAUUCUACGCUGUAUAUACCGUCGUAUAUAUGGUCCAAAUCGUUGUUGGGAAUUCGGACGGAGGUUUCCUGCCAUCGAGGCAGUGUCUUCAUCACCACCUUCUAUGAAAGGAGGAGGCGCCGCGCCGGCAGAAACAUUCCGCGGCACCAUCCUGAAACGGUGGCGGGAUCCUCCGGAAUCGCGGCCCGCUGAAGUCCGUCAUGAGUUCU